CGGAUUUGCGCCUGAGUGACGUCAUGGGGAUCCACAGUCCUCCCUGACAGGAUCCACACCGGAGGGGAUACUCACUCAUCAAGGGGGAACCGUUCAUUGUGCGCCUCCCUGCUGCUAAAGCGACUCCUUUUUUCUGCUCCACAACCAGGUUUGCUGUUCGCCUGGGGAGGGAUAAGCAGCCAGACAACUACUAAUCCCCGGGACGGUCAUAUUAUUCACGGACGGACUGCGGGGGCUCGGUGGAGGCGACAGAAAUGGCCCGACCUGGAUUAAAUGCUCGGGACUGAAAAAAGACGCAGCGUAUAAUAAUAACAUUAUUAUUAAUAACAAUAAUAAAAACAGCUGAGGUGUUAUGUCCCCGUUAAGCCGCGUGCUCUCCUUCAUUUGACUGGAAAUGGGAGCUUUGACGAGCAGACAGAACAUCGGCGUGGAGGAGGUGGACAUUCCGUCCAGUUCGGUGUAUCGUUAUCCGCCGAAAUCCGGGAGUUACUUCGCCAACCAUUUCAUCAUGGGAGGAGAGAAGUUUGACUCCACACAUCCAGAGGGCUACCUGUUCGGGGAAAACACAGACCUCAACUUCCUGGGCAGCAGACCCGUAGCGUUCCCGUAUGCGGCUCCUCCGCCUCAGGAACCGGUGAAGACGCUACGAAGCCUUAUAAACAUUCGAAAGGACACCCUGCGGCUCGUCAGGUGCAGCGAGGACCUGAAGCUGCCGGGCGACGAGGGCGCCGGGAAGAACCGGGCCUGCUACAACGUAGAGUUCACCUUUGACGCCGACACACAGGUGGCCAUCACCAUUUACUACCAGGCCAUCGAGGAGUUUCACAACGGAGUGCCAGUUUACCUUCCACAGGACAGCUCCCUGCAGUCAGAGACGGUCCAUUUCAAACGGGGAGUGUCCCAGCAGUUCUGUCUUCCCUCGCACACAGUCAACCUCAGCGAGUGGGCCGAUGAGGAGCUGCUGUUUGACAUUGACAAGGAGAUCUUCCCGAUGGUUAUCCAGGCUGUUGUAGACGAGGGAGAAGAACAUUUGGGCCACUCUCACAUCCUGCUGGCUACGUUUGAAAAACACAUGGAUGGGAGUUAUUGUGUAAAGCCUCUGAAGCAGAAACAAGUGGUGGAUGGAGUGAGUUAUCUGCUGCAGGAGAUCUACGGCAUCGAGAACAAAUACAACAGCCAGGAAUCAAAGGUUGCUGACGAUGAGAUCAGUGACAACAGUGCGGAGUGUGUUGUGUGUUUGUCGGACGUGCGAGACACUCUCAUCCUGCCGUGCAGACACCUGUGUCUCUGCAACGCCUGCGCAGACACGCUGCGCUACCAAGCCAACUGCUGCCCCAUCUGCAGGCUGCGUGGGCGGAGCAGGUGUCCAGAGUUGGCCAAUAACAAUCAGGGCGUCACCCACUGUGACACGCCCUCUUUGGGGUUGGAUAAUGAGCAGGCUUCCAACAGCCGAUUCGCCGAUCUCAUGUAUCUGGGGGGCUACAGGCCCGUUCUGGAUCCCCGCCCCCACCACAACUCCAACAUCAACCUGGAGGAGCAGGGGGCCGAGAACGGGAAUGGCCAGAGCCCUAAUCAUCCCCGCCGUGGACCACUCAUUGUGUAACAGCCUCACUCAGACUCCUGUAAACCAAACCUGUCCAGAGUGGGCUCCCCCCCCCCCCCCCUCGCCACAAAGCCGCCAUCCGUCCUCACUGAGCAGAUGGACACUUCGGCGCCUGCUCUGUUUCCCCGGCUGACACCCGAAAUCUUCCUCGAAUGGAAAUAAAAGCAAAUCACCUCUGCGUUAUCGGUGCACUUUUAUCUCACAAGUUUUCCUUAUUUUGACGUCUAUAACCUGACUUGUUUUAGGAUUUAUCGGCCUACUGCUAUUUUUAUUAUUUAUUACGUGUAGGGUUAAUGAGUAUUGUGACGGUGUCUUUAGGAAACCAUGCUGCUCCUCUUCUCGACUUUUCCUUCCUACUGUAUUAGCAGCCAAACAGUCAGGGGUUACUGUGAUCGGCAAUCGGAUUUAUAACUACUAACUUCUUCUGUGUGUGGUCGGAUGCUUUGACGCUAAGCAUCAGCUCUCGCCGGACUUACCGAAGUAAAACAUGCUGACCCCCUCUCUUGGAAUCAGGGAGCUUCAGUCUCGAUGUUGCAUGCAGCUUUCUUGUUUUCCUCUCAUUCCCACCGUGCUUUUGAAGCACCUGUGCUGAAUGUAAAAUCAGACGCCAAGAAUUGGCAGCCAAAUGACCCCCACAAAAAGAAAAAAAUCAAAACACCUAGAAUAUAGGAUGAUGAGCUCAUAGAAGGAGAAUGUACAUGACCCCUUCGUUUUUACUUCAGCUGGAAUUUAAUGCAAACUUUGUCGCACUGUUGCCAUCCCCUCCUCCUGCAGCUGCAUUUUGGCACGUCAGUAUUAACGCAGUGCAGCUGGAAGCAAUAAAACAAACCACCCCAUCUUUUACUCCUUUGCAGCUCCAGGACUACAACGUGUUUGCUCCGGCCUCUUAUAUUCAUGUUGCAAGCGUGUUUUAAGUGUUUUCACAUGUUGGUGUUUCCAAUUUAAAAGGGAUUAGUUGCAAGAAAAACCUCCUACCCACACCGGUCGUCUCUCGUUUGUUUAGUUGUGCUUUUGUACAUCUUUGACGUAUAUCUCACCUGUUGAAGCUUUGUGUGUUUUCAUUUGUUGCAGAGCACUGCGCUGUUGAUUAGUUCGUGGAAGAAAACGUGAAAAAUUCAUAAAAGGUUUACAAACUUGUGCAAACAAACGACUCGGAAACAAUAUCUACAUUUGAUGCACUAUUCGCUGACUCCUGGGCGACACCUCGCGGUGCAUGAGGCGAACAGAGCGAGGAUGUUAGCCCAGGUCAGCCUGCACCCUCCUAAAGACUUCAUAAUGGACCACUGCACAAACAUAAAGCCGUACCAUACCUUUCUGUAGCGUUAUGUUUCGGUUGUCGGCGCCCUACACUAUUGGCCUGUAAAGGUCGAGACUUGUGCACUAUUAUAAGCAAGCUGCAAAGAGUCACAUGAUCACAGCGUGAAUGUGCAAACAGAUGAGUUCUCUGGUACCAGUCACAGUACGAUAUCAACAGAAUCAGCAAACCCCACUUUUCUAGAGUGAAAAUGACAAAAAUGGAUUAAACAAUAAAGUUUUUGCAACUAAACGAA